CCGCCUCUUUGCCAUAUAGAUCUAAGAGAUCGCUUUGCUAUCUCUUCGCGUUUCGGUUCGUUUCGGCCAUUUUCGAGAUCUGCGUUUGGAUUCGAGUUCGAAAAUCGCUCAAUUUCGAUCCAGUUUCAUCGAAUCUGGAGAAAAUUUGAGUAGUUGUAAGUUGCAAUUCUCUCUGCUCUCUGGAUUGAUUGAAGUGGAGAUAAUAAGCUGCAAUGCGGGGAUAUGAAAGAGAUGAUUUUGAAGAUUAUGAUGAAUAUGAGGAGGAAGGAUAUGAACAACAGGAAGAAGGUGAGGAGGAGGAAUAUGAGGAGGAAGAAGAGCAAAAACCAAGUGCAGAGGCAAUUGAAUAUCUUGAAUUAAGGCAACGAAUUAAAGAACAAAUUAGGAAGAAAAUGCAGAGGGAAAAUGGUCCUGCUGUUUCCAAAUCCCAGGAGAUAAAGAAGAAACUUCCUUCUGAUAAUUAUGGGUCAUUCUUUGGCCCUUCUCAGCCGGUUAUUGCCCAAAGAGUAAUUCAAGAAAGCAAGUUAUUACUAGAAAACCCACAUUUGGCUUUCAGAGUUUCAAAUUCCCAUCAUCAGGACAAAAAGACCUCCUCUUCAAGUGGCACAGGUUCAAAGAAUGGAGUUCGUCAGCCACUACCCAAAGUCAGAAAUGAGCUAAAAACAAAAGUGCAGAAACUUAGAGAUACAAGAGAUUACUCCUUCCUGUUAUCUGAUGAUGCGGAACUUCCAGCUUCUCCCAAACCAUCUGUGCCUCAAACUGUUGCUACUCCAAAAUCUGAGGCACGAUCUGCACAAGUGCCACAGAAGAGUAAACAGCUAUCAGGCAGUAAUGUCAGAGAUAUUCGUGGUGCUUAUGAAGAAAGGAAAUCAAUUCCUAUCAAUGGCCGAAUGCAUUCUAAAUCAGGGUUGUAUAAGUCAACUUCAACCGACAAACCCACUUCAGCAUCAACAGACUUGAGACGGCAGCUUGGUAGCAACAAUGGAUCCGGGCCUGGUCGGCCUACAGGGCCAAAAGGUUUGCCUUCAAAGAUGCCUCUUAGCACCAUGGAGAAGAAGUCCAUUGCACCAGCUGCAAAAACAAUCCUUCCUGCUGCACGCAAACCACUCCCUCCGAAUAAGCAGUCAUCUGUUCCAAGGCUACAAGUUGAACAGAAAAGGGUAUUACCACAACCCAAGAAGAAUGUAGUUAUGCCAAAUAAGCCAGUGGCCUCUUCAAAACCUCAGCAGAUAAAUAGACCAGUCAAGCAGAUUUCAUCCCAUGCAUCAUUGCAAAAUAAUCAUCCCAAGAAAAAGCCUGCCAGACCAUUCUUUGAUGAUGAAGAUGAGGAUACAAAGGCUCUUGAUAUUAUUAGGCAAAUGUUCAAUACAAGAAGGUAUGCUGAUCGCUAUGAUGACGAAGAUGAUGAUAGUAUGAUGGAGGCAAACUUUGAUGAUAUCAUGAGGGAAGAGAGGAGAAGUGCAAAAAUAGCAAAGGAGGAGGAUGAGGAGCAACUCCGCCUGAUAGAGGAAGAGGAGCGGCGGGAGCAGCAGAGAAAAUUGGCAAAGAAGCGCAAGCUGAGCCAACAUUGACGGAGUGACAAUUCCUCAUUUCUUUUCUAUUUUCUGAUUCUGGCAAGGUCCCAUCCAGUUCUGCAUCACUGCCUAUGAUGAUGUAGUUUGGGUUCUCAUUGUGCUUAUAUUCUUGAAUUAUAGGAAUGUGUUUGGCAGUUUUAGAUGCAAUUAAUUAUAGAUAACAAGUGAAGGUAUUUUUGGCAGUUGCAUUUUUUUGACUUAGGAAUAAUAUUGCUGUGUAGUGAUUCCUGGCCAAUUCAUUAGGAUUAUACUGACCAAGGAAAAUGUCUUCACAUAUGGUCUGGCUGAAAGAUUUGUUGGGUUUGGAAAAUGAUCGAUAUGUCAUUUCUAA